AGGUCGGUGUGUUUUGUACGUUACAGCGAUGCAACAUUUCCACCCUUCUUUUGCAAGCAGCCGUCUUUACCUUCUUCCUGGUAUAUUAAGGCUCAGUGUACACUCCACAAAGACCCCCACCUCUGCCACUGUUAACCGAUGUCAAUCAAUUAAUACUAAUACGCUUGCGAGGUGGCGGGUUUUGAAAGCUGUCGAACAAGAAAGCGCGGGAGUAGGAGUUCAUAAGCGUCGCGCUUCGUGUUAUAAGAAUAAUCUAAGCAACGGAGGUGGUAGUAGUGGUGGUAGAAGCUUUUGUAACGUCGACGGCAGCAGUAUUGAUAUAAGAAGAAGAAUACAUAGCGGCAGUAGUAAUAUUUGCCAUUGGUGGUGCACAUCAGAUCGUCUACUCGCUGCCGGUAAUAUCACCACUAGAUCGAGUCCUGCUUGUGUGAUUAGCAAUCGCCGACUAAUUUCGCCAAGUCCAUUGCUGCAGUUAUUACAUCAGCUUCAUUCAUUUUCGCUCUUCUCUUGCGGUCUGCAGCGACGGCUCUUUUCUUUUCAAACAGCAACUAUGUCUACGUACAAAAUCACCGAGAAAGGAAUCCCCAACACCAAAGACUACAAAAUAUACUACAGUGGUCCUAAUGGCAUCAUUUCACCAUUCCAUGAUAUUCCUUUAUAUUCAAAUACAAGCAAGACUGAGUUUAAUAUGGUUGUUGAAAUUCCACGAUGGACAAACCACAAGAUGGAGAUCUGCAAAGAGGAUCUGAUGAAUCCCAUCAAACAAGAUGUUAAGAAUGGCAAAGUGAGAUUUGUGAAGAACCUUUUCCCUCACCAUGGUUAUAUCUGGAACUAUGGAGCAUUUCCACAGACCUGGGAAGACCCAAAUUUUGUAACCCCAGAUACAAACACUAAGGGAGACUCUGACCCAAUCGAUGUUUGUGAAAUUGGAUCAAAGAUCCACAAACGAGGUGCUGUUAUCCAAGUGAAAGUCCUCGGAGUGAUGUGCCUUAUUGAUGAAGGAGAGACUGAUUGGAAAGUUCUAGCUAUUGAUGUUACCGAUCCAUUAGCCAGUGAUUUAAAUGAUGUUGAAGACAUAGAAAAAUCAAUGCCUGGAUUUUUAAAGGCAACCUAUGAAUGGUUCCGUUACUAUAAAGUGCCUGAUGGAAAACAAGAAAAUCAGUUUGCUUUCAAUGGAGAAGCUAAAAACAAGGCUUAUGCUCUGAAAAUUGUUACUGAGACUCAUGAACAAUGGGAGAAACUGAUGAAUAAAAUGACUGAUGCUGAGGGAAUUCGAUGUGAAAAUACAAGUGUUGCUAAUAGUCCUUAUACUAUAACAAAGGAUGAAGCACAGGCUGUUGUCAAUAAUGCUCCUGAUGCUGGCCCUCCUGCUGAUCUACCAAGUGAUGUAGAUCAAUGGCAUUAUGUAACCAAGUAAGAGAUCUAAACAGAUGAUGCAUAUAUAUAUGCACCUACACGCACACACAUGUACAUAUACAAACAUAUAUGUAGAGCAGCAACAUUUUGGGUUGUUUUGAUACAUAAUCAACAGAAUACAGAUCAGCAUUUUUUUUCUUUUUCACCCAUAAAAAAAUUAAUCUUGUUUAAUAAAUUAUUAACAUUUUAUCCAAA